AUGGCUUCCAAGGCACUGCGAGGAUCGUUACAGGCGGUAUUAAAUAGACUGAAGGUUUUUGAUUUAAAAAAUGUACGGUUUCGUAAACAGUCGGAUUCUCGUGUCUAUGUAAAAACUCCAACUGCACCCACGGCAAUCCCGUUGACUGAAAUUAUCGUGAAAUUACCGUAUUUGUUUCCCAGAGGUGUUGCACAGUCACUCGAAGACUAUAAGGUAUUUAGCAACAAUGCAGACAAAAUUCAAUACGAUUUGUUGUCCACUCUACCGUUCUUUCCAGAGGCAAAAGAUGGCAAAAGGGCCGAAAUUGUCAGGACUAAGAUCGAUGAGGACGACAACUUUAUAAAUGAGUUUUUCAUUCAACCUGCAAAUGUCACAGAGCCUUCAAAACUGAAACAUUUGAUUUUUAUACAUGGAUACGGGGCAGGCCUUGGGUUCUUUUUGAAAAAUUUUGAAAAUAUUCAGCUAAAGGACAACAGCUGGUGUAUUCAUGCAAUUGACUUGCCUGGGUUUGGCUUCUCUUCAAGAACAAAAUUUCCUUUUAAAUACCCGGAGGAUGAUGUUUCUAAAGUUCAGACAUGGUUCCAUGAAAGACUGAAAAUAUGGUUCGAAAAAAGAGAUCUAUUAAAGAAUCCUGGUAAUAACAUGGUGGUAGCCCAUUCGCUCGGCGCAUACUUGAUGGCUCUGUACAAAAGAAAUAAUCCAUUACAUUUUAAAAAACUGAUCAUGUGCUCUCCUGCAGGAAUGUGUAACUCCACUGUUGUUAAAAAACAGCCGCCAUGGUGGUACGCGGCAUUGUGGGAUAUGAACUUGUCUCCAUUUUCUCUUGUCAGGAAUUCAGGAUGGCUUGGUUCCAAAUUAACCAGUGGAUGGUCCUACAGGCGUUUCAGAUCACUCCACUCUAAGAUACAGUUUGAAAACUUACAUCUUUACUCAUAUGCAAUUUUCAACAGGCCUGGUUGUGGAGAGUAUUUGCUGGCUUUUGCCUUAAGGUGUGGAGGAGACCCAAGAGUAUCACUGGAGGCUACUUUGUUUAAUGAUGUGGUCAACAAAUGGGACUCGGACUCUGAAUGGGUUUGGCUUUAUGGCGAUAGGGACUGGAUGGAUGUGAAAGGUGGUAGGAGAAUCUCACAAAAAAUCAACGAGAUUUUCCCAGGAAAAAGUUCUGUUGAAGUGAUUCCCAACGCAGGACAUCAUCUAUAUUUUGACAACAUCUCAUGCUUUAAUGCGAUUUUGGAAAAAGAAAUGACAAAGUUGUAA